GAUGGGUUGAUUGAUUUCGAGAAUGAUCGUGGCUCCCAUGUGGAUCCUGCCGUAGCUACUCCCGGUCUUCGUGGCCUUCUAUUUCCGAGCUCCGGGACUGGAUCUUCCGGCGCUGGCGGCGAAGAUGAUUUGGUCAGUCAAUUGUCCUCUGCUAUUACACGUGUCGCCACAGUUGCUGUUGGUACGCUGGGAAUUGUGGCUGCAUUCAGAUUUCUCGCCAAUCGCUUAUAG